CUCCCUGAUCCUGACUCGGACGUAGAGCAAGAUAUGGACUUUGACGUGGAGAGAACUAGACACGAUUAUUGUUCAGUUCCAGAAGCUGCAGCUGUGGAAAUGGUAUUGCAUAAAAAUGAGGAGUUGACGAGGGAGCUAGAAGAUCUACGGAAGGAGUUGAACCAGACCAAGAUCACACUUCGCUUCGGUCUCCAGAGAUUUGCUGGAUCCGAUGAGGACAUACGCUUUUAUACAAGAUUUGCAACCUACAACCACCUGAUGGCCUUCUGGGAACUAAUUGAACCGACAACGCACAGAAUGAUUCGUGUCACCAACUCCAAAGUCACCAAGGAGGCUGGAAACACUCGGGCACUUCCUGCUAUAGACGAGUUCUUCCUGUUCAUGAUGCAUCUUGCUUUGGGCCUCAAGCAAAAGGACCUUGGUCAUCGCUUCAAUGUACAUCAGGCCACGGUGAGCCGCAUCAUAACAACCUGGGCCAACUUCCUGUACUUUGUCCUGGGGUCAGUGUGCAUUUGGAUGCCGAAAGAGAGAGUACGAGCCCAUUUGCCAGAGGAAUUUCAUCUUUUCCGAGACACGCAGGUUAUCCUGGAUUGUACUGAGAUCCGCUGCCAAACACCUUCCUCUUUGUUAUUACAAAGUGAGUUUUUUUCAAACUAUAAGUCUCACUGCACAUUCAAGGCUUUAAAAGGAAUGGCACUUCAUGGAGCAAUAACAUUUGUGUCUCGACUCAAUGCAGGGUCUAUAAGUGACAGGGAGUUGUUCAAACAGUCAGGGAUCAUUAACCUUCCUACCCCUGACAUGGCCAUCAUGGUGGAUAAGGGCUUCUUAAUUGACAACCUAGUGCCAUGCAAAAUUCACCGGCCUGUUUUCCUGACCAAGGGAAAACAAAUGCUACCUCAUGAAGUGACCCACACUCAGUCUGUGGCCAGGCUCAGGGUACACGUUGAACGUCUUAUCCGCCGAGUGAAGGAGCAUAAGUUGUUUGAUACAGUCAUCCCCUUGUCCAUUUCUGGUAGCAUAAACCAACUGUUUACAGGGGCAUGUUUACUUGUGAACUACCAAUGUGGACCACUUGUUAAGGCAUGGAGCCACUGA